UACGAGGGAUCAAUAGACGACGAAACAGAUAUAGUUUCACCUGCUGAGAAAAUAGAUGAAGAAACAACCGACACCGAAACUGAUAAAGAUUCCCCUAAUGAAGAAACUAAUGAAGAAUCAACUGAUGAGGAAACAGAAGACAAGUCAGCUGUUUGUGAAGCAGAUGAAGAUUCAAUCAUUAUAGAAAAUAUCGAAGGCAACAAUGAUGAAGAUGCAGAUGAAAUAUCAACAGAAGAAGAAACAAAGGAAGGAGACAUUGAUGCAGAAUCAAAUGCAGUAUCAACAGAUGAGGAAACAGAUGAAGGUGAAAUUGAAGCAGAUACAGAUGAAAAAUCAACAAAUGAAAAAACAGAUGUAGGAGAAAUUGAUGAAGAAACAGAUGCAGUAUCUACAGAUAAGAAAACAGAAGAAGGAGAUAUUGAUGAAGAUACGAAUGAAACAUCAAUAGAUGAGAAAACAGAUGAAGGUGAAAUUGAAGCAGAUACAGAUGAAACAUCAACAAAUGAAGAAACAGAUGUAGGAGAUAUUGAUGAAGAAACAGAUGCAGUAUCUACAAAUGAGGAAACAGACGAAGGAGAUAUUGAUGAAGAUACAGAUAAAACAUCAAUAGAUGAGGAAACAGAUGAAGGUGAAAUUGAAGAAGAUACAGAUGAAACUUCAACAAAUGAAGAAACAGAUGUAGGAGAUAUUGAUGAAGAAACAGAUGCAGUAUCUACAGAUGAGGAAACAGAAGAGGGAGAUAUUGAUGAGGAUACGGAUAAAACAUCAAUAGAUGAUGAAACAGAUGAAGGUGAAAUUGAAGAAGAUACAGAUGAAACUUCAACAAAUGAAGAAACAGAUGUAGGAGAUAUUGAUGAAGACACAGAUGCAGUAUCUACAAAUGAGGAAACAGACGAAGGAGAUAUUGAUGAAGAUACAGAUAAAACAUCAAUAGAUGAGGAAACAGAUGAAGGUGAAAUUGAUGAAGAAACAGAUGCAGUAUCUACAAAUGAGGAAACAGACGAAGGAGAUAUUGAUGAAGAUACAGAUGAAACAUCAAUAGAUGAGGAAACAGAUGAAGGUGAAAUUGAAGAAGAUACGGAUGGAACAUCAAUAGAUGAGGAAACAGAUGAAGGUGAAAUUGAUGAAGAAACAGAUGUUGAAUCAACCAGUAAAGAAGAUACUGAAGGGGAUAUUGAUGUUGACAUAGUGGAUACAUCAAUAGAUGAAGGUAAAGAUGAAGAUUCAGUCAAUGAAGAAACAGAUGAAGGAGAUAUUGAAGCAGUCAUGUGUGAAGAAACAGAUAGGGUUUCAACUGAUGAAGAAGCUGAAGGAAGGGAUACUGAUCCAGACAUAUAUGAAGAUACAGAUACGGAAUCAACAGAUGAAGAUGCAGCUAGUGAAGGAGACAUUGGUUCAGAAAUAUCAACAAAUGAAGACACGGAUGAAGAAAAAAUUGAAGUGGCCAUAAAUGCAGAAACAGAUUGUGAUUCAGUCAUUGACGAAAAUAACGAAUGGGACAUGGAUGCAGACAUAGGCGAAAUCUCAACAGAUGAAUACACAGCUGAAGGAGACAUUGACGACGCAUCAGAAACUAACGAAAGGGAAAUUGAUGAAUGAUCAACAGAUGCAGAAACAGAUGAGGAUUCAGCCAAUGAGGAAACCGAUGCAAAAGAUGAAGACACCGAUAGAGGUCCAACC